GCCCCGCAGAGCAGCCAUGGAGGUGAUGAACAUGAUGGAGCAGCCCAUCAAGGUGACCGAGUGGCAGCAGACCUACACCUACGACUCGGGCAUCCACUCCGGCGUCAACACGCAGGUGCCCUCCCUUCAGCAGCGGUGCCUGGCCGACGAGGACGAGCUCUGCAGCAAGCAGUACACCAUCAAGAAGACCACGACGAGCUACUGCCAGGGAGGGGGCCAGGCCCAGAGCCAGGCGCAAGCCGACAUGGAGGCUCAGCUGGCCAUGACGCGGGCGCAGCGCGUGCGGGCCGCCAUGUACCCCGAGACGGUGGAGGAUCGCUCGCUGCUCAUCAGCACGCAGGAGGAGGGGCAGCAGACCAACGUGCAGCGCCUGGCCGAGCCCUCGCAGAUGCUGAAAUCUGCCAUCGUGCACCUCAUCAACUACCAGGACGACGCCGAGCUGGCCACGCGCGCCAUCCCGGAGCUCACCAAGCUGCUCAACGACGAGGACCCGGUGGUGGUCAGCAAAGCGGCCAUGAUUGUGAACCAGCUCUCCAAGAAGGAGGCGUCGCGCCGCGCGCUGAUGCAGUCGCCGCAGAUCGUGGCGGCCGUGGUGCGCACCAUGCAGAGCACCAGCGACCUCGACACGGCCCGCUGCACCACCAGCAUCCUGCACAACCUCUCGCACCACCGCGAGGGCCUGCUCUCCAUCUUCAAGUCCGGCGGCAUCCCGGCCCUAGUCAGGAUGCUCAGGUCCCCGCUCGCCGGGCGGGGCUUCUCCGCCAUCACCACCCUGCACAACCUGCUGCUCUACCAGGAAGGGGCGAAGAUGGCCGUGCGCCUGGCCGACGGCCUGCAGAAAAUGGUGCCGCUGCUCAACAAGAACAACCCCAAGUUCCUCGCCAUCACCACCGACUGCCUCCAGCUCCUCGCCUACGGGAACCAGGAGAGCAAGCUGAUUAUCUUGGCCAACGGAGGACCCCAGGCCCUGGUGCAGAUUAUGCGCAGCUACAACUACGAGAAGCUGCUCUGGACCACGAGCCGGGUGCUCAAGGUGCUGUCCGUGUGUCCCAGCAACAAGCCGGCCAUCGUGGAGGCCGGCGGCAUGCAGGCGCUGGGCAAGCACCUGACCAGCUCCAGCCCCCGCCUGGUGCAGAACUGCCUCUGGACCCUCAGGAACCUUUCCGACGUGGCCACCAAGCAGGAGGGCCUGGAUGGCGUCCUCAAGAUCCUGGUCAACCAGCUGAGCUCGGACGACGUGAACGUGCUGACGUGCGCCACCGGCACCCUCUCCAACCUGACCUGCAACAACAGCAAGAACAAGACCCUGGUGACGCAGUCCAACGGGGUGGAGGCCCUGAUCCACACCAUCCUGCGGGCGGGUGACAAGGAGGACAUCACCGUGUGCGCGCUGCGCCCCCUCCCCAGCCGGCACCCCGAGGCCGAGAUGGCGCAGAACUCGGUGCGGCUCAACUACGGCAUCCCCGCCAUCGUCAAGCUCCUCAACCAGCCCAACCAGUGGCCACUGGUCAAGGCUACUAUAGGUCUGAUCCGCAACCUGGCCCUGUGUCCGGCCAACCAUGCCCCGCUCCAGGAGGCCGCCGUGAUCCCGCGCCUGGUGCAGCUGCUGGUCAAGGCUCACCAGGACGCGCAGCGCCACGUCGCAGCCGGCACGCACGAGGCGCACACUGAUGGCGUGAAGAUGGAGGAGAUCGUGGAGGGCUGCACAGGAGCGCUGCACAUCUUGGCACGAGACCCCAUGAACCGGCUGGAGAUCUUCCGGCUCAACACGAUCCCUCUCUUCGUGCAGCUCCUGUACUCGCCAGUGGAGAACAUCCAGCGCGUGGCGGCCGGCGUGCUGUGCGAGCUGGCCCAGGACAAGGAGGCGGCAGAUGCCAUUGAUGCCGAGGGGGCCUCGGCCCCGCUCAUGGAGCUGCUGCACUCCAGGAACGAGGGCACAGCCACCUACGCUGCCGCCGUGCUCUUCCGCAUCUCCGAGGACAAGAACCCCGACUACAGGAAGCGCGUGUCCGUGGAGCUCACCAACUCGCUCUUCAAGCACGACCCCGCAGCCUGGGAGGCGGCUCAGAGCAUGAUCCCCAUCAACGAGCCCUACUCGGACGAGCUGGACGCUGGCUACCGCCCCAUGUACUCGGGUGACAUCCCCCUGGACCCCAUCGACAUGCACAUGGACAUGGACGGCGACUACCCCAUGGACGCCUACAGCGACGGCGUGCGGGCGCCCUACCCUGACCACAUGCUCGCCUAACCCGCCUCCUAGGCCCCGCACCAGGUAUU